GAAGUUAAACUAUGACCAGUUUGGAUAAUUACCCGCCAUUUCCGCGGUCCGCCCACCUUCCCUAGUUAUAUCUAACUAAUAAUCCAUCGCCAUCUUGAUUCUUGCCCCUUGGGGGAAGAGAAAUGAUGGCGAUGAAGAUAGUGAUCGAUACAGAGACCGGGCAAGAACCCAUAUCUCACCUUUACUCUGAUCCCGCCUGCUCAAAGUUCGACUCUUUUCCUCUGCUUCCAGAGCUCCACAGAACCCGACGACAUUCAUGGCGGCGACCACAAGCUCCGACGAGACGAAUCCCCUCUUAGAUGGCCGCCGACGGGAAGCCGAUCAGAGGAGCGGAUGGUGGCCGAUUAGCAUCAGCGAUGUGCUGGACAUUGAAGAAGCCAAGACCCAGAUCUUGUUUUCACUGCCCAUGAUUCUCACCAACGUCUUCUUCUACCUCAUCCCUCUAGUCUCCGUCAUGUUCGCCGGCCAUCUCGGCGAGCUCCACCUCGCCGGCGCCACCCUUGCCAACUCCUGGGCCACCGUCACCGGUUUCGCUUUCAUGACAGGGUUGAGUGGAGCUUUGGAAACACUCUGCGGUCAAGAUUUUGGAUCGAAGCUGUACAGAAAGCUGGGGAUCCAUCUCCAAGCUUCCUGCAUCAUAUCUUUCCUCUUCUCCGUGGGCAUUUCUGUGAUCUGGUUCUACACGGAGCCGAUUUUGAUCCUUUUAGGGCAAGACCCCCAAAUUUCAUCCAUGGCUGCUCUGUACAUAAAGUACCUCAUCCCAGGAGUGUUUGCAUAUGGGUUUCUGCAGAACAUUCUAAGGUUCCUUCAGACGCAGUCUGUUGUUAUGCCUCUUGUCCUGUUCUCGAUGUUGCCUGCCUGCAUUCAUAUAGGGCUUGCUUAUGCUCUGGUUUACUUAACUCCGCUUGGUUUCAUUGGGGCUCCAUUGGCAGCUGCAAUUUCCUUGUGGGUUAGUUUCGUUGCCUUGGCUUUGUAUGUAGGGUUUGGGAAGAGAUUUGAGCAGACUUGGAGUGGGUGUUCGUCGGAAUCGUUCGAUUAUGUUGUGGUAGCACUCAAACUGGCUCUUCCUUCUGCUGCAAUGGUAUGCUUGGAGUAUUGGGCUUUUGAGAUUCUGAUUUUCUUAGCCGGGGUGAUGCCGGAUUCUGAAAUAUCAACAUCUUUGCUUGCUAUGUGCGUAAACACAGAAACCAUUGCCUAUAUGCUGACAUACGGUCUUAGUGCAGCAGCAAGCACGAGGGUGUCUAAUGAGUUGGGGGCUGGUAACACGAGUCGCGCUAAGAAUGCCAUGGCAAUGACUCUCAAGCUCUCCGUGCUGCUGGCCCUGGUGGUCGUUUUGGCUCUAGGGCUUGGCCAAAACAUCUGGGCUGGCUUCUUCAGCGACAGCAGUGAGAUAGCUGUGAGGUUUUCAUCCAUGGUGCCAUUGCUUGCCAUCUCCAUAACGCUUGAUUCAGUGCAAGGCGUUUUAUCAGGAGUGGCUAGAGGAUGCGGAUGGCAGAAUAUGGCGGUGGUUGCUAACUUAGCGACGUUCUACUUCAUCGGCAUGCCUAUUGCCUGUGUUCUUGGGUUCAAGUUGAAGUUAUAUGUGAAGGGAUUGUGGAUAGGUUUGAUCUGCGGUCUUACCUGCCAAACUAGCACACUUAUGUUCAUUACACUGCGAAUGAAAUGGACUAAGAGCGAUUUUUCAACGCCCAGAGACCAUGAAAAUCAGAUAGCAGCAGCUUAGUUAUGGAGCUGCAGACUUUGGUGUCAAAAUAAAAGCUACCUACUAUAUAGAUAGAUACAUUCUCUCACGUUGAUUCAUUGUUAUCAGCCGUUUCCUAUGAACACACAUACGCACACCUAAAUAUCCAAAUAAAUGUCUACUAGACCUAGUUUUGGAGGCUGGCGAGGUUAAAGAAAGCACCUUUCUUGUUCUUUAACUGAGCAUAGGUUCCGCGCUCCACCACUUUCCCAUCAGCAACAAAGGCAAUCGAAUCCAGGUUCUUGAUCGUGUUCAGCCUAUGAGCCACCACAAUUGUUGUUCUUCCCACCAUGAUCCUGUCCAGUGCUUCUUGCACCACUUGCUCCGAUUGCACAUCAAGAGCGCUCGUUGCCUCGUCGAGAAGUAGGAUUGUGGGGUUGCGAAUUAUGGCCCUUGCAAUUGCUAUUCUCUGCUUUUGGCCUCCAGACAGUUGCACCCCUCUCUCGCCACAUUCGGUCUCGUAGCCUUCUUUCAACGACCUGAUGAAUUCGUGAGCAUUGGCAGCUCUUGCAGCCUCCACCACCUCAUUCUCGGAUGCAUCAGGCUUACCAAACACUAUGUUAUCUCGAAUACUGCCCGAGUAGAUCACUGGUUCUUGGCUCACAAGGGCGGUGUGCCUCCUGUACCAUUGGAUGUCCAGGACUCUAAUGUCAACUCCAUCGACCUUUACUGACCCUUUCUCGACAUCAUAGAACCUUUGGAUCAAUCCAAUCACAGUCGAUUUCCCACAUCCACUCUUCCCUACUAGACCAAUGCUAGUGCUAGGCUUUACUUCCAGGCUGAAUUGGUUAAGCACCAAUAUCUCUGGCCUUCCUGGAUAUGCAAAAUCAACCCUCUUCAUCUCUAUUUUUCCCGUGAUCUUUUCCAGCUUGGUUCCGUCGCUCUCAUUGCGAAUCAAGGAUUGCCUAUCCAGUAUCUUGAACACUGAAGCGACAGCUGCUGAACCCUUGGCUAGAUCAGAGGUCAUGCUUCCAGCUUCGGCUAUGACUUUUCCAGUACUUACAAGGAUGAAGAACGUUUUGAACACAGCUCCUGCUGAUAUCUCUCCCUUCUCCACCAGCGUCCCUCCAUACCAGAAGUCAAGAGCCCAGGACAUGAAAGUUAGACACUGAGCUGAACCCAUUCCGAAUCCAGCCAUCCAUGAUUUCUUCCUUGCCUCCCUCCUCGGCUCCUCCUGAGCUUGAUCAAAAAGUUCGAGCACCUUCCCCACACUUCCAAAUGAGGUAACAAUUCUGUGAUUAUAAACUGCUUCCACAGCAAUUUGGGUGCUUUGAUUCUGAGCCUUGACGAACUUUGUCGAGAUGGUGGAGAGAAGAACUUUGCGGGUGUAGAAACAUAGAAUUGUGAGUGGCUGGACCGCAAUCAUCACGAGUGCAAGCUUCCAAGCCACCACUAGUCCCAUGAUCAUGGCAAUGGUGACAGCUGAAGUGGUUUGUACUAGGAGAGAGACUCUAUCUGCAACUAGGGAUUUAACAAUGGAGGCCUCGUUGCUUAGUCGAGAACAUAAUGCUCCACUUGAGUUCUGCUCUUCAUCGAACCAAGCAGCCUCAAAAGUCAGGAUCUUUUCUAACAUCCUCAGCCGGAUUCUCUUUGUAAGCCUCUCUCCCAUAUACGCAAAAUUGUAGUGCUGCACAAGGUUCAGGAUGAUGGAAACUAGAGAAAGUGAACAAAAUAUCAAGGAGUACGUUCGAAUUCUAGCA